AUGAUUUCAAAUUUAUUCAUACGACGGCUCUUAAAUAGCAAUCGUUUUAUUAUUCAUCAUUUAUCAAAACAUAAAUAUAUUCAAGCAACUUCAUUGGCCAUUUCUCAUACAAUACCCUAUGCAGAAGCUGAACAAACUAUGAGUGAUAUUGAAUUUUUAGCUAAAAAAGUUUACAAAUCAAGUCAUGUUGCCCCUUCUGAUAAACUUCUUCGGUGGUAUCGAUGUAAUCCUUCUUUAUGGUGGUUAGCAAAAGAUAAAACUUGUCUUAUUGGUUAUUUGUGUGCAAUACCACUCAGCCAUGAAGCAUUUUUGAAAACCAAACAAUCGGAAUUUAAUGACCUUACAGACAUAGCUGACAAUGCUAUACGACCAUGGAAUGAUGGGCUCGGUAGUAAAUAUUGUAUGCAUAUAUUUUCAUUCGUUGUUGAUCCAAUUUAUCAAAGACGUUCUGGUUCACCAGUACAUCGUUUAAUACUCAAACAUUUCCUCGAAAGCCUUUUGUUAUAUGGAAAAUCUGGAUGCAUCGUUACAGAAUGGUCUGCGCUGGCAGUUAGUGAAAUUGGUUGUCACGUUUCUCGAAGCGAUUUUGAUCUUACACUUUUGACUCAUAAUAGUAAUAAUAAUAAUCACAUAUUCUAUGGUAAAACUAGCAGUGAACAUCAAGAACAACUUCUACAAAGAGUCAUACAAAAACUGCAAUCAUGA